GACGCCGGUGUAGGAUUGCGAGACACCCAGCCAGAGAGAUCUCGGAGCGUCUGUGGUUGCUAUCAACUUUAGGCUAUAUUCAUCACUUAUAUUCUACUACGACUUUUCGUAGCAAUGACUACAUCGGGGUCGCUGGAUCGGAUGGAACUCUGUGAAAGCCUUCUGACAUGGGUUCAAACAUUCGGUGUGGAGGCUCCAUGCAAGACAGUGGAGGACCUGACGAGUGGUAUCGUCAUGGCUCAAGCCCUACAGAAAAUAGAUGAAGUGUAUUUCAGUGAUGCGUGGAUUAGUAGAAUCAAGCCAGACGUGGGUGACAACUGGAGGUUAAAGGUCAGCAAUCUCAAGAAAAUCCUCAAAGGCAUCCUUGACUAUAACCAAGAGAUCCUAGGCCAACACAUAAACGACUUCACAUUGCCUGACAUCAACCUUAUCGGAGAGCACUCUGACGCAGCGGAACUUGGGAGGAUGCUGCAGCUCAUUCUGGGCUGUGCUGUCAACUGUGAACAGAAACAAGAAUACAUACAAACUAUCAUGAUGAUGGAGGAAUCAGUCCAGCAUGUCGUCAUGACAGCAAUUCAAGAGCUGAUGAGUAAAGAGACUCCAGUGAUGGGAGGUAACGACUCCUAUGUGGAUCUGGACAGACAGCUGAAGAAGACCACAGAGGAGCUAAACGAAGCUUUGGCCACAAAGGAGGAGAUUGCCCAGAGGUGUCGAGAGCUUGACAUGCAGGUCGCAGCCUUGCAAGAGGAGAAAAGCAGUUUGCUAGCUGAAAACCAAGUUUUAAUGGAGCGACUCAACCAGUCCGACUCCAUCGAGGACAUAAACAGCCCGGCUGGCCGCCGACACCUCCAGCUGCAGACACAACUGGAGCAGCUCCAGGAAGAAAGCUUCAGGUUGGAAGCGGCAAAAGACGACUACCGAAUCCGUUGCGAGGAGCUUGAAAAAGAACUGUUAGAUGUAAAGUCGCAAAACGAGGAGCUCACAUCUUUGGCGGAUGAAGCCCAGUCUCUCAAGGAUGAAAUGGAUGUACUCAGGCAUUCAUCCGACAAAGUGUCAAAGCUUGAGGGCACCGUGGAACACUACAAGAAGAAACUGGAGGACAUGGGACUUCUCCGAAGACAGAUUAAGCUUUUGGAAGAAAAGAACACAGUGCUAAUGGAGACGAACAUAGGCUUGGAAGAAGAGCUUCGAAAGGCCAAUGCUGCUAAGGGACAGCUGGAGACAUACAAGAGACAGGUGGUCGAACUUCAGAACAGGCUGUCGGAAGAAUCGAAAAAAGCAGACAAGAUGGAGUUUGAAUACAAACGAGUCAAAGAGAAAGUGGACUCCCUACAAAAAGAAAAAGAUCGUAUGCGAACAGAGAGAGACUCUUUGAAGGAGACCAUCGAGGAGCUGCAUUGUGUCCAAGCUCAAGAGGGACAACUUACAUCAGGUCUGCUCCCACUAACCAGCAGUGACGGAACUGAUUCACUGGCAGCUGAGAUAACAACGCCAGAGAUUCGGGAGCAUUUAAUUCGCCUUCAGCACGAGAACAAAAUGCUGAAACUGGCUCAAGAGGGAUCAGAUAACGAGAAGAUUGCACUGCUGCAGAGUCUGCUGGAGGACGCCAAUAGAAGGAAAAGUGAACUGGAGACGGAAAACAGGUUAACCAAUCAGCGCUUGAUGGAGGAACAGAGUCAGAUAGAAGAGCUCCAGAAGACGCUUCAAGAACAAGGCUGUAAAGCAGAUGAUUCCUCCAGUCUGAAGAAGAAAUACGAGGAGCACAUGGAGAAACUACGAGAGUUGAACAAUGAGUUACUGAAGAAGAACGCCUUCAUCGACGAGAUGGAGCCCAAAUACACUGCCAGCUCUCAACGAGUGGACGAACUGGAAGAGGCCUUGAAAAAGAAGGAUGACGAGAUGAAACAGAUGGAGGAGAGAUAUAAAAAAUACCUGGAGAAGGCCAAGAGUGUCAUCCGCACCUUGGAUCCUAAGCAGAACCAGGGAUCUGGUCCGGAAGUUCAGGCUUUAAAGAACCAGCUACAGGAGAAAGAGCGGAUGUUGCACUCGUUGGAGAAAGAGAUGGACAAGACAAAGAGCCAGAGGGAUCACGAGGAGAAACUAAUUGUAUCAGCCUGGUACAAUAUGGGGAUGACCUUUCAGAAGAAGGCGGCUGAGGCCAGACUUGCCAACACAAGUUCUAGUCAGUCCUUCCUGGCCCGGCAGAGACAAGCCACCAGCUCACGUCGCUCCUACCCGGGCCACGUCCAGCCAGCUACCGCAAGGUAGAAAGGCAGACAACAAUAAUUCAACAGCAAAACUACCUUACAAGUCCCUCCCCUUUUCCCAUCCAAUGCAGUACCUUGAUGUGCCUAUCAGGCAUGUCUAUUCCCGUUGAUUUGAACUUUUGCCUAUUGAUUUUCUUUCUUUUCCCCCUUCUUCUUGAUCAGAUCUGCAAGGUAGAGAUGCCAGACACGACUGCCAAAAACUUUCACCACUUAUUCCCACUUAAAUAUUUUUUUAACCUGACUUAAUCGUGUUGGCAGACUGCUACCUGUCUGACUAAUCACCUCAAACCUCAAACACUCCUUCACAUCAGUCUCCUAGUCUUAAAGGUUCAGCUUGUUUUCUGCUGCCCAUCUUCUGGUUAGCUUCUUAGUUUACUUUUUUUUUAUUCAUACACAGUACAGUGGAAUCUCCAAAGUCAUACAAGUGGAAAAAUAAGUCACUAUUUUCACAGUGAUACUCUCACCAGGAUCAACAUUUUGUGUCAUUCUAUUUUAAGUAACGGUAUGCUCAACAUGGCUAAAAACAUGGCUUGGUCAAAUUAACAUGUGGAAUUAAUAUUCAAUUAAUUGCAUUGCUUUUAUUGUCACUAAAAGCGAGUUAUCAGUACACCUUUCUCAAUUUGGCAUCACUGUAUAUCCUUGUCUGAUAGAAAAGCAAAACACUUGAUAAAUUCAUUCAUUCAUUGGGGCGCUGCAAUGAUGUCAGCCUCCCUCUGAUGAACAGAGACAGUAUUGCAGCACCAUCCAUCAUUCUCUAUGCUACUUGUCCACAAAUUGGCUUAUUGUAACAACAUGACUGCAAUUUGCUGAUCGCUUCUGAGUGACCAGUCGUUUUAUUCGGGCUUAACAACGAUUUCAUGCAGCAGGUUUAACGUCUAAUUCUGCUGUAGACUUUUGAGGUUCCACUUUCCACUGUAAUGCAAAAGCAAUAUCUAGUCACCAUGUAAGACCAGCAACUACUAGGCUCUCAUAUUUGUGCCAACAUGUCAGAUGAAUACGAUAUUGAUUCAAGUAUUAGGAGCCAUGGAAGUGUAAAGUGAAGAAAAUACGGAAUUAAUACACCCCCACUUCAAUUUGGAUUUUUUUGUCAAAUUAAUCCUGUUAAUUGUAAUUAACAGCCACAAAUUGCUGCUAACAUUCCCUGCCAUCUGACCAUUAUUUCCUGUUCUCCCCCCCACUGACAGCAAUAUCCCAGCAUGACUGGCACACCACUGACCCGCCCUGGUGCGACCAGGCCUGUCUGUGGGCGAGGCCGAGGUGCGCGAUGCAUGAAUGACCUGCCUGCUGACCGAUUGCAUGUCUUUGCAUUGACUGCAAGUAACCCAACACCAGCAGCAGCAGCAGCAUGAGCACUAACACCCUCGGCAGCAUUGCAAUCCCCAUACAGGCCAACAGAGGGAGGCAUUGGAAAAGCAAACCCACCCUGUUUGUGCUUAUUUAUUUCCCCUCAUCCUGCUACUGCCCUAACUCCAUCGCUGCCUCCUCCUCCUCCUCCUCCUCCUCCUCCUCCUCCAUUGCUCCUCAUGGACACACCGCCUUGUGCUUCCAACCUGCAUCAGGUCUGUUACAACCUUUCUGUUACAAACGUUCAAGGCCAGACCAGCACCGUGACAGAAUACCUCAACAGCAUUUUCCCACAUGUUUAGUUGUCAAUUGAUGUCCGUAUUUAAAAAGGAAAAGAGUCUGCAUAUUGGAAAAAAAAUAUGAAAAGGAAACCACCCUUUAAAUUCAUGACUACCCUGCUCGUACUCGUCGAUGUACGGAAGGCGGGACCGCUCCAGGCCACGUCAGGUUGGCUUUUACCUCAAAUUUUAUAACUUACAGGCAUAGGAUGGGAACAUUUUCAUAUGGGAUAAAAGUCGCAAUGAAGUUAGUUUUUUGUUUUCCAAGCUGGAACAUAUCCAAUUAGUAUGUAUUUUGUGAUAAAAUGAUCCAGCACGUGUAUAUAGCGUUAAGACAAACUCCUGCCUGUUUUUAUGUCCAACAAACCAAUAACUGAGCCAAAACCCACAAUUGCAAACAGCUAUAUUAGCUCAUGUAGGCUAAUGUAUAGUAUUUAGUUUUUGUUUUUAUAUAUAAGAAAGGCUAAGCCGUUGAAAAUCCCUCCAAUUUUCUUCCUCAACUUAUUCCAAUAAUCACAGGAAAUUCAUCACAAGUGAAAUCGAUCAUGCAGCAGUGGUGGUGCAAGUCGGGAGCAUCACACUGUAGUUUUGGUGUCGCUUUUUUUUAAUGCAUAUUUAUCGUUUUAUUUGCAGGGCUAUUAACAAAAAAAAAAGCGGCGACGUGCAUGUUACAGGCAUAAAUGCAAAUAUUUGGAUUGACGUGAUAUGGUGGGAUCUUCCAGUUUUAGUGCCUUUGUCACUGGUGAGAUAAGAAAAAUUGAAUUGAGGGCUUUUAUUUUUGGUCUUUUACAUUCGUUACUCAUAAUUCUUCUACUGUGUAUUAUUAUUUCAUGCAGUGCAUUUUUAUCCUACAGGGUUAUUUAUUCGUUUGUGUCUUGUGCAGCAGUGUUAGUACUACAUCACUUUUAACAGUUGGACAUUAAAAGACUGUCUUAUGCAACAAUGGAAUGACAGCAAAGCUCAAACUGGUUGCUUUUAUUUCUUUUACAGGUUGAUUGUUGCACCUUUUAACAAGAAAAGCACAUUUUACAAAUAUGUCCUAUUAUCGUAUUAGAGGCUGCUUGCUCACUUGGAUAUCCAAUAAAAUGGUCUUACAAGAAAUUAGUGGUAAAUAAUUAUUGGAUGUCAAUAUUUAGUGGAUAAAAGCAGACAGUGGAAUCUCCAAAAGUCAUUUUUUUCCAACAGGAAGUAAAGUAAAGGGAAUAAAUCUGUCACUAUAGAGAGGUGUAAUUAAGUCGAUUGCUCAUAUUGCGGGGCACGCAGGCCUCACAGCUAGGAGACCUGAGUUCAAUUCCACCCUCUGUGUGGAAUUUGCAUGUUCUCCUCGUGCAUGCGUGGGUUUUCUCCGGGUACUCCGGUUUCCUCCCACAUUCCAAAAACAUGCUAGGUUAAUUGGCCACUCCAAAUUGUCCAUAGGUAUGAAUUUGAGUGUGAAUGGUUGUUUGUCUAUAUGUGCCCUGUGAUUGGCUGGCCACCAGUCCAGGGUGUACCCCGCCUCUUGACCCAAGACAACUGGGAUAGGCUCCAGAACCCCCCGCGACCCUCGUGAGGAUAAGCAGUAGAAAAUGAAUGAAUCCUCAUAUUGCACUGAGCAGCCAGACCUGUUCAAGUUAGUUGCUGAUUCUAUGGUUAUCAUCACACAUGGACUUGUACAGUGAUGAACAAAGAAAAAUAUAAAUGAAAAAGUGUAUUAGCAUGAAUGUUGUGCUUAGCUUUUUUUCUCUUUUUUGCUGUUUUUUUACUAUCUACAUAUUUAUUUUUAUUUUAUGAUUUUAUUCCGGUAGUCUAACUUUUUUAACCUAAUUUUCCUUUAAAAGUUAAACUUUUUUUUAAGGAUUAAGGAUAUAUAUAUAUUUUUUCUUCAGUUGUAUUCAUAACAAAAACAUUGACAGGCAUUGGUUUGGACUGUUUGCAUUUGCCACUUUGGAGGUUCCACUGUACUAAAUCCAUCUCAUGACUGUGUAUAAUGGGGCACAUCCAUGGUGAUCAGUGGCCAUUUUGCAUAUCAAAUUGUGUUAAAUCCACGUCUUUGUUGCACCUUUUAUUGUCUCAGAGUCACAUAACAGGAAUAUUGUUACAUGACGAGAUCAAUACCGGUGCUUGAUCAUGCUAAAAUUGUCUCAAAUACUCCCAUAGGUCCCAUAUAGUGUUGCUGGGCUGCUAACUGUUACAACACUGUUUGUGUAAACAAGAGUGGGGAGUGUUUGCCGAUUUUUUUUUUUUUACUGAUUUGAACAAUGACGUUGGAACUAAUCUUCCAUUUGCCAAGUUUUCUAUUGUUUGUAUACAAAAUCCACUAUGUACAUAGUAUUAACAUCUUGCAGUAUAGAGGAGGCCUUGAACGGUUUGAGGAAGAGAGAAUGGAAGUAGUUAGAUGGAUAGCAUCUAUCUCAUAAGUGUUUCUCCAUUUAAAAAAAAGUGCUUCCCACACUGUAAAACUUGGACAUGACAUUGUAAAUAAAGCUUGUAUUAAAAAAUGUACUUCAAUAAGUCUUUUCAAGGUAAUAGGAGUGUAAGGGUGACUAUAGGGGUGUUAUUUCAUAUCUAGAGAGCUCUAAUGACAAAAAUAUUCCAUCAUGGUCGGGUCUGGAAUGAACUAAUAACUGUUUUGAUGAUGGUAUACUUUUUUCAAUUGUAUGUUUUCUAAAAUGAAGAGCCUGCCGUGGCGUAGUGGUUAACGUUCUGGACUUUGGAGCAGACACCUUGGGUUCGAAUCUCCACUAGUCAGCAUCAUCAAUAUUCAUCAGGAAGGGCAUCCGAAAUUGAAAGGGCUCAAGCCAAAAAUCAGUACGCAGAUCAAAUGACUCCGUAAUCAGGA